CGGCGCAUGCGCGGUGCAGCGGGGGCGGUGCAGGCGGGCGGCGCUGAGGGCGGAGGCGGCGGCGGCCGGAGCGGGGCCGGGCCGGCGCGAAAUGGCGGACAGGUUCUCCCGCUUCAACGAGGACAGGGACUUCCAGGGCAAUCACUUUGAUCAGUAUGAAGAGGGGCACCUGGAGAUAGAGCAGGCGUCUCUAGACAAGCCCAUCGAAUCGGAUAAUAUUGGACAUCGCUUACUCCAGAAACAUGGGUGGAAGCUGGGCCAGGGAUUGGGGAAGUCACUGCAGGGGAGGACAGAUCCCAUCCCUAUCGUUGUCAAGUAUGAUGUCAUGGGCAUGGGCCGGAUGGAGAUGGAGCUUGACUACGCCGAGGAUGCCACAGAGCGGAGGCGAGUGCUGGAGGUGGAGAAGGAGGACACUGAGGAGCUGAGGCAGAAGUACAAGGAUUAUGUUGAUAAAGAAAAGGCCAUUGCCAAGGCUUUGGAAGACCUCAGAGCAAACUUCUACUGUGAACUUUGUGACAAGCAGUAUCAGAAGCACCAAGAGUUUGACAACCACAUAAACUCCUAUGACCAUGCUCACAAGCAGAGGUUGAAAGAUCUCAAGCAAAGGGAAUUUGCUCGCAAUGUCUCAUCGAGAUCCCGGAAAGAUGAGAGGAAGCAGGAGAAAGCCCUGCGGCGCCUGCACGAGCUGGCUGAGCAGAGGAGGCAGCCUGAGUGUGCUCCUGGAAGUGGGCCCAUGUUCAGGACCACCACAGUGGCUGUGGAUGAGGAAGGUGGAGACGACGACGAUUCCGCAGCUAACAGCGGCUCCUUUGUCCAGACCAGCUCCGGCCAGGCCACAGAGAUGACCACGGACAGAGGCUUCCUGAACACUGGACAAGGCACUGUGAUGCCAGGCCAGACAUCACAGGGGGCACAGGCCAUCAGCUUUGGCAUUAAGAGCUCCCUGGGAACUCCGCUACAGAAGAUUGGGGUGUCCUUUUCCUUUGCCAAGAAGACCCCAGUGAAGCUGGAGACCAUCGCUUCUGUUUUCAAGGACCACGUGGACGAGUCCAGUUCUGCAGAUGGGGCAAAAGGUGAUGAGAGGGGGUCCUCAGAAGCUGGCAGCCUGCAGAAGUCUGGGGAGGGUGAAGGCACCAAUAAUUCUGAUGGCAAGGGGGAGGACGAUGACCAGCACGACAAGGACAGCGGGGCUCUGGCCAGCACCUUAUCCAAACUGAAGAAGAUGAGGCGAGAAGAUGGACCAACGGCUGUGGAACCAGAAUAUUACCACUACAUCCCCCCAGCCCACUGUAAAGUAAAGCCCAACUUUCAAUUCCUGCUUUUCAUGAAGGCUACUGAGCAAACGGAAGCGGAAAAUGUGAACAAAAAAAAUGCACACGAAGUGAAAAAGGGGAGUUCCCCCAAACCCAAACCCAGCAAGCACACGGAAAAGGCAGCCGAGAGCACGGGGCAGCAGAAGGAGCAGAGUACUACUGAAACUGCAGCUCAGCAGGGCAAAACAGAACGAAAAGAUAUCCCAGAGAAUGAAAACACACAGGAGAGCAAGCACCUUCCAGAGAGCAAUCCCCCCGAAACAGACACUGCUAAAGAAGCUCCUCCUCCUGCCUCGGGCUGCAGAGAUGGCUCUGAGGGACCAAAGCACCCCACAGGACCUUUUUUCCCUGUUCUGAGUAAGGACGAGAGCACUACACUGCAGUGGCCUUCAGAGCUGCUCAUCUUCACCAAAGCUGAGCCCUCUGUGUCCUACAGCUGCAACCCCCUGUACUUCGACUUCAAGCUCUCCCGUAACAAGGAUGCAAAAGGCAAAGGGGCAGAGAAAUCCAAGGAUCCAGGGGGGCUUUGUAAAGACAAUGCUCAGAGCACAGAACCUGGUGAGGUGAGCAAAGCCAAGGAGGCUGAAAGUGUAGAGAACAGUUCUGCUCAAAAAAUGGAAAACAAAUCCCAGAGCAAGCAGGAGUCCGGUCUGGGAAACAUCAGUAAGGGAGAGGGGGAGGACAGCAGUAAGAGUGUAACGGGUAAGAGUAAAUCUGGAAGGUCCCAUAAACACAAAAAGAAAAAGAAGCACAAAAAGUCCAGCAGACACAAGCGCAAACACAAGGAGGAAGCUGAGGAGAAGGCCCGGAAAGCUGAGUUGGGGGAAGAGAAACCCAAGAAACGGAAAAGGCACAGGCACAGAAAAGGUAAAUCCUCCCUUUCGACGGAGUCAGACCGGGCGCUGAAACCUGAACUAUCUGAAGACUGCAGCCAUUUCCAGAAGAAAAAGCGAUGCUCCCAGGAGUCCCAGAGGAAAUCCCUGUCUGCUGAGGAGGGAAGCAGCAGUAAAAAAGAGGAUGGGAGUAACUCCUGCCAAGAGCACGGCAGCAAAAGACACAAGGCUGAGCUGCAGCAGGUGCCUGGUGCGAGGAGGCGCUGCCCAGCUCUGUCCCAGGCCCGGAGCAGCUGCCGGAGCCGGCAGAGCAGCGGCGACGACGACAGUGAUGAGGGCUCCCCUGGCAAGCACUGCCACCAGAAGUCCCCGUCGCAGUACAGCGAUGACUACGACUCGGGCAGCGAGCACUCGCGCAGCCGCUCCCGCUCGGGCCGCAGGCACUCCACGCACAGGUCCUACUCCAGCAGCUCGGAUGCAUCUUCGGGGCACAGCCGCUACAGCCGCCACAGGAGCUACUCGGACGACAGCUACAGCGACUACAGUGACCGCUCCCGCUGCCGCUCCAAGCGCUCCCAGGACUCGGAGGAUGACUCCGACUACAACGGCUCAAACCACCGCUCGAAGCGGCGCAAAUACUCCUCGUCAGAAGAUGACUACAGCUCGAGCAGGAGCAGGUCCAGGAGUCGGAGCAGGAGCCGAACCCACCCUCGAGGCAGGUCGAGAUCGAGGAGCCGGGGCAGGAGCCUCAGCAGCAGCUGCAGCCGCAGUCGGAGCAAGAGGAGGAGCCGCAGUGUGACAGGCCGCAGCUGGAAGCGCAGCCGCAGCUACAGCCGGGACCGCAGCCGCAGCACCCGCAGCCACUCGCAGAGGUCCCUGUCACGGAAGGGCUCGCGGGGCCACGAGAGCCCUGAGGAGAGAAGGUCUGGCAGAAGAGACUUCAUUAGGUCCAAGAUCUAUCGCUCCCAGUCUCCUCACUAUUUCCGAACAGGCCGAGGUGAAGGGGCGCUGCCGAAGAAGGAGGAUGGCAAAGGAGAGGAUCUGAAAGGAUCUAGCUCCCUGUCCCAGAACAGCAGCAGCUCUGGCACGGGGCGGGCUUUGGAAGGGGACUGCAGUCCUGAGGAGAGGAACUCCGUCACCGCAAAGCUGCUCUUGGAAAAGGUGCAGUCCAGGAAGGUUGAGAAGAAGCCCUGCAUCACUGACGAGGUGCUGUCAGGGACAAGCAAAGUGGGCAUAAAGCUCAAAGAUCCUCCCCAGGGCUACUUUGGCCCCAAACUGCCUCCUUCCUUAGGCAACAAACCAGUUCUGCCCUUAAUUGGGAAGUUGCCAACCAUUCGGAAACCAAACUCCAAAAGAUACGAGGAGUCUGGCUUGGAGAUGGGCGAGGAGCAGGAGCUGUCAGAUGCUGAGGAUGGUUCCCAAGAUAUGGAGGAGGGUCAGUUGCCCAGCCAGUCUGUCCUGGAAGAUGUGGUGAUGGUAAUUCAGGACAAGCCUCUGGAUGAGCAGAAACGUGAUGAAGCCUCUGUGGAGAUGCCAUCCCUUCCCAUGGACAGGCCGGCGCUCCCUGAGUGCUUUGGCUCCGGAGAUCUGGUCAUGCCACACAACUUCCUCUCGGAUCCAAGCGAUGGUGACAGGCUGGAGCCUAUGGAUGGAGGCAACCAGCCAGUCCCAGUGGAAACAAGUUUGAUGCCCUUAGUUCCAGAUGUUGAGCACUUUCCUGGCUACGUGCCUCAGAGCGGGGAGCCGAGCAUGGAAGGAGAUCGCGAGGGGGGAGAAGAUUCCUCUCUAGCCCCACUGGAGAGCCAGCCCAUCACCUUCACGCCCGAGGAGAUGGAGAAGUACAGCAAGCUGCAGCAGGCCGCCCAGCAGCACAUCCAGCAGCAGCUGCUGGCCAAGCAAGUGAAGGCCUUCCCCACCUCGGCCACCCUGGCACCGGCCGCACCCACGCUCCAGCCCAUCCACAUCCAGCAGCCAGCGGCGGCCUCGGCCACGUCCAUCACGACGGUGCAGCACGCCAUCCUGCAGCACCACGCCGCCGCUGCCGCCGCCGCCAUCGGCAUUCACCCCCACCCGCACCCGCAGCCCCUCGCUCAGGUCCACCACAUCCCCCAGCCGCACCUGACACCCAUUUCCUUGUCCCACCUGACCCACUCGAUUAUUCCGGGGCACCCCGCCACAUUCCUGGCCAGCCACCCCAUCCACAUCAUUCCGGCGUCCGCCAUCCACCCGGGCCCCUUCACCUUCCACCCUGUCCCUCAUGCUCUCUACCCGACCCUCCUGGCUCCAAGGCCAGCAGCCGCUGCUGCUGCCACGGCCCUGCACCUCCACCCCCUGCUGCACCCCAUUUUCUCAGGACAGGACUUGCAGCAUCCACCCAGCCAUGGCACAUGAAGGACAAAAUGAAGGAACCACGGAGGAAGGAGAAUAUUUGGUGUUUUGGGAAGGGGUUGAAGUCGAGCCAGCGGGCAGGUGAGGCCUGAGCAUUUCCUUUCACUCUUGAGCAGCCAAAGAAGCCAGGGGCUCGAGGGCUGGGCAGUUGGCUGUGUCCCAAGGAAGUCUCGCUCCAACUCCUCUGUGCACGCAGCAGCACCAAUCCAGAAGAACCAUUUCACCUUUAGAACAGCAAGACACUUGGAAAGGCUUUUUUUCCCCCUGGAUUCUUACACUUGGUCAUCUUCCUUCUGCCACCUUGUAUAUGAUAAAUGAGGUUUCAUACACACUAAUAGGAUCUCUCAAAAUCCUUUUAAUGAGGUCAUCUAAUUAAAAUAGCAUGAUUGAAUCUGGCUUGUAAUUGGUGAUGGAACAUCGGGAGCUGCCAGCUGCAGAGGAGCUGGAGGCCUCAGCUUUCAGGCAUUGCAGGAGGUUCCUUGGCCCUUGUCUCUGCAGACGUGGGCUUUUCUUGGUGUGAGCAGCAAAGGUGGAAGUAAGAGCUUAGUGUAAAGAGGAGGAGGAGCUCAGUGUGUGUGCCCAGAGCUCCCUUCCUUCCCCAUCCCGCAUCCACAUUCUCCUGCGCCAGGACCAUGCCUGGAUAUCCCAGACUGGAGAGAGGUUCUGGGGUUGGGUUUCCAGUCUGGGCUUUGACCACUCUUCUCCUGAAAGGGAGAAAAAAAUCACUUUGAAUUCCAUCUUCUGUGGGGUUGGGAAAGAGGCACGAGGAUGGGAGAGAGAAGGAAAAUCCUGGUAGGAAUUGAAGCAA